GGACGGGGAGGGGGUGGAGGGUGGAGAGAGAGAGGGUUGAAAGGAAGUGAUGGAGUCAUCGCCGCCAUCAUUCUCACCAUCAACAGUGGAAAAGAACCUGUCUCUGACUCUGGCUCUCACAGUCGACAAUACUACGCAGACCCCGAAAAAGAGUCAUGAUGUCUGAUUCCAGGGUGUCUUCUGUCAUCCAGGAGUGGGUGAAUGCCUUCCCAGGUCAGACCCACACUCUGAGCCCUGUCACCUCGAUCCAGGCUGAACCUACCAGUGAGCUGAACCAUAUGGAGAUGAUACCAUACAGUCAGUCUCAGGGAAUGAUGAGACAGAGCAGUGAAGACAGAGUGGCCGAGCAAAUGAUAGGGAUGUCGUACCUGCCGUACCCCACAAACUGUCUGGGCAACAUGUCGAAUGUAGUGAGCACCAACCAGCACCAGAGCCAUGCCAGCAGUCAGCAGGAUUUCUCUGUUUUCCUUCGUCCAACUCUGAGGCCCCCUGUGAACAAAAGGAGCAUCAGCAAGGACAGCGCAGAGUACCGGCUCAGACGAGAGAGGAACAACAUCGCUGUGAGGAAGAGCCGCGACAAAGCCCGCAGAAGGAUCCUGCUGACCCAGCAGAGAGCAAUGCAGCUACAGGAGGAGAACCAGAAGCUACAGAUGAGGAUAGGGCAGCUGACACAGGAGCUGGAUACUCUGAAACACAUCCUGUCACAGCGACACCUGCAGGGUGCUGACGACGGAGGAAAACCUACUAUCUGAGCACAGACCAAAGAAACUGCUUCUCAUCUCGUCAACAUCCAGGUCCAGCAGGUACAGUCCACAGUGGUUACCUUGGGUUUCACUCAGGUGUUUUCACUUUGUUUCAAACUGUGGCAUACAGCAUGUAGAAACCAAAGUACCAGCAGUAGAGACCACAUUGUAAAUCCAAGAUGCACAACCUAAACUUGCUGAAAUCUUAAAGUUGACAUUGACAGCCAGGUGCCUGAGUCUGUGUAUUUCCUAAAUCACACAGCAUUACACUUUUUAUAGACCAUAAACCAGACCUGGGCAAACUACGGACCGAGGCCCGGAUAUGGCCUGUUUGGCAUUUUAAUCUGGCCCACCAUUAUCAUUAUAUUUCUGACUUUUCCCUGCAAUGCCUGCAUUUCCCCAAUAGAUAGCGUAAACACAUUUAUAUUACACAAAAUAAAACAUUAGUAUGUGGUUCUGAAUGUGCAAAAAAUGCUUACAGUUUUCUAAUUGUAGACAGUAAAAUGGUUAUGAUCUG